AUGAAGGGCCUUCACACCGGGAUCCCCCUCGCCGUCCUGGCCGUUACUGCGCGCGCCCAGAGACACGGCCACCACAAGCGCGCCGCCGCUCCUGAACCGUUCGAGGGCGGCGACGACAUCGGCAAUGCGUUUAGCAUUGAAAACGUCAAUGCGUAUUACUCUGAGGUUAAUGAGGAGUAUAGCGAUGACCACUCGGUUGAGAUCGAUGAGACGACCAUCUUCAAGAAGCCUCACUACCGUCGCGACGAUAACUUCCCUGAGGUUCCUGAGCGCGCUACCGUCGUCGGCGGGGAUCCCUCUGGCUAUGAGGAUCCGUCUGGCUACGAGGACUCCUCCGACUACGAGGAUCCCACCGACUACGACUACGAGGAUCCCUCUACCUACGACGACCCCUCCGACUACGAGGACCGCUCCGGCAACGACAUCGGCAACAUCGUCGACAUCCCGACAGUCAACUCGUACGUCACCAAGUACUCCGGGACCUACACCGACGACCACUCCGUCGACAUCGACAAGAACACCAUCGGCAAGCCGCGCCACCGCCGCCAGAACGGUGGCAAUGACGUCGGCAACGCCGUGUCCUUUGCCGACGUGCACGAGACCUCGUACUCCUACACUGGCAAGUACAAGGAUGAUCACUCCAUUGACAUUGAUGAGACCACUAUCAUCAAGAAGCCUGGUUACCGCGGUCAUGGCGAGGAGAAGUCUGGCAAGGAGUACUCUGGUGAGGAGUACUCUGGCGAGGAGAGCUCUGGCGAACAGUACUCUGGCGAGGAGCAAUCUGGCGAGGAGCAGUCUGAGGAGUACUCCGGCGAGGAGGGCCGCACCCUCCACCAGCCCAUGCACAAAGCUCGUACCGUGUAUCCCUACCAAGGCGACGACAUCGGCAAUUCCUUCAGCCUUGCGACGAUCAACACCCACACCACGGAGAUCAACGAGGACUACGAGGAUGACCACUCCGUGAAGGAGGAGCCCAAGAAGGAGGAGCCCAAGAAGGAGGAGCCCAAGAAGGAGGAGGAUCCCAAGGAGGAACCCAAGAAGGAGGAGCCCAAGAAGGAGGAGGAUCCCAAGAAGGAGGACCCCAAGAAGGAGGAACCCAAGAAGGAGGAGGAACCCAAGAAGGAGGAGGACCCCAAGAAGGAUGAGGAGAAGCCCAAGGAGCAUGAGGACCCCAAGAAAGAGGAGGAGAAGCCCAAGGAGCAUAAGGACCCCAAGAAAGAGGAGGAGAAGCCCAAGAAGGAUGAGGACCCCAAGGAGCAUGAGGACCCCAAGGAGCAUGAGGAGCCCAAGAAGGAGGAGGAGAAGCCAAAGGAGCAUGAGAAGCCGAAGAAGGAUGAGGAUCCCAAGCAGCAUGAGGAUCCCAAGGAGGAUGAGAAGCCCAAGGAGCAUGAAGACCCCAAGAAGGAUAAGGACCCCAAGAAGGAUGAGUACCCCAAAGAGCAUGAGUACCCCAAAGAGCAUGACAAAGCCAAAGAGCACGAGGACCCCAAAGAGCAUGAGUACCCCAAAGAGCAUGACAAACCCAAGAAGCACGAGGACCCCAAAGAGCACGACAAACCCAAGGAGUACGCCGCCGAGCCCACCAAGUCCGACGUCGACUGCACCCAGGUCGAGCACGUCGUGCAAACCGUGACCGCCAUCCACACGGAGGUCCCGUCCCCGACGCACGUCGUCGCCGUCUACCCGCAGCCCGAGACCUCCUCUACCAGCCACGCCGAGGAACAGGAUCCUGCUGCGCCGGUGUAUGAGGGUGAGGACGAGACCAGCACCUAUGACUACCCCGCAGAAUCCGGUGUCGCGGCGUACAGCCCCGGACAGGAUGAGUCAACUGAGGGAUCCUCGUCUUCUCCAUACCCCACUGAGGACGAGGAGGAAGAAGAAGAAGAAGAGGAGGAGGAGGAAGAGGAAGAGGAGACUGAGGAUGAAGAGGAAGAGGAAGAGGAGGAGGAGGAAGAGGAGCAGCACGGCCCCAACGCCUUCGCCUCCGCCGCAUACCAGUCCUACUCCUACCCCUACGCCGCGCCGUCCUCGCAAGCCGCCGCCUCCUACUCAACCCCCACAAGCCAGAUCUACAGCGCGCAGGCCUACUCGCAAGCCUACACCGCGCCCUCUUCAACCGCGUACACGGCUAGCUACCACGCCCCCGCCCCCGCAAUCGCCGUCGAGCAGGCCUCAACCUUCAGCGUGGUCCCCAUGUCCGUCGCCAGCGGGACCCCGCGCGCCUCGGAGGAGGCCUCCGCCUCCGCCGCUGCGGUCGUGGCGACGUCCAGCACGCCCGGCGCAGAGACUCGUCCCUCGCCGUCGCCGUCGCCGUCGCCGUCGGCUUCGGCUUCGUCCGAGACGGUGCCGUUUACGGGUAAUGCUGGGCGCGCCGCGAAGGUCGAGGGGGUUUUUGGUGUGGUGGUUGGGGCGUUUACGCUGCUUGCUUUUGCGCUGUAG